CUUGGCUUAACAUUACAGUAGCCUACUUGAACUUUAAAAUCCGAAGCUCUCGCUGUAAGUUUACUGUAGGCAUGUGUUAAAAGUACAGUAUAACUAGCCUAUCUAAAAACCGAGCUGACAAGACAAGGAAUUUGUUGACGGGAAGUUAGCCUAUCAGCAUAAUAGCCAUCCCUCAGGAAAGCGCUGGAGUGCUGUCAUUGCGUCAGCGCACUUUUCCCCUCGCAAUUGCUGGGCCUACUUCUGGAGGACUAGACAUCACUGGACCUCACAUCACUUCUCUAACACGGUCCGUCUCUACAGCAAAUGUUUGGCUCUCCACCUCUAUCCAGCAUCUGACCUGCAAUUUCUGUGACAGACAGAGGCGUCCCCGGUAUAGCCAGCUGAAGCGUCCCUCCCAGUGUGUUCUUGUGAGGAGGAUGGAGACGAACCCCAUUCCCGUGGUAACGGUCCAAACGAGCCCGUUCGAUGACCAGCGGCCUGGUACCAACGGGCUGCGGCGGAAGACGGAGGUGUUCGAGGGCAAGAAGAACUACCUGCAGAACUACAUCCAGAGCUUACUGUCGUCCAUCGACCUGAGGGACCGCCAGGGAUGUACCAUGGUGGUGGGCAGCGACGGACGCUACUUCAGCCGAGCCGCCACCGAGAUUAUUGUGCAGAUGGCCGCCGCAAACGGGAUUGGCCGUCUGGUGAUUGGCCACAACGGCCUCCUGUCCACCCCUGCUGUGUCCUGCAUCAUCAGGAAGAUCAAGGCCAUUGGUGGAAUCAUCCUGACAGCCAGUCACAACCCAGGAGGCCCCGGGGGAGACUUUGGGGUCAAAUUCAACGUGGCCAAUGGAGGCCCGUCUUCGGACACAGUGAUGGAGAAGAUUGCCCAGGUGAGCAGGACCCUGGAGGAGUACACCAUCUGUCCUGACCUCCGCAUUGACCUGGCCAGACUGGGACGCCACGACUUUGACCUGGAGAACAAGUUCAAACCAUUCAGAGUUGAGAUAGUGGACUCAGUGGAGGUGUACCUCAACCUGCUGAGAACCAUCUUUGACUUCAGCGCCAUCAAGAGCCUUCUGACAGGACCUGAACAGCUGAAGAUACGCGUAGACGCCAUGAAUGGAGUGAUGGGUCCGUAUGUGCGGCGUAUCCUGUGUGAUGAGCUGGGGGCUCCUGCCAACGCUGCCGUCAACUGUGUCCCCCUGGAGGACUUUGGGGGCCGGCCUCCAGAGCCCAGCCUCACAUAUGCAGCCCCAUUGGUCGAUGCCAUGAAGGGUGGAGACUUUGGCUUCGGAGCUGCGCUCGAUGCAGAUGGGGACCGGUAUAUGAUCCUGGGUGAGAAUGGUUUCUUUGUGAACCCGUCAGACUCCUUGGCUGUCAUGGCUGCAAAUCUCUCCUGUAUCCCCUACUUCAGACAGCUGGGGCUUAGGGGCUUCGCUAGGAGUAUGGCAACCAGCACUGCCCUAGACAGGGUGGCCAAAGCCCUGAAGGUGACGCUGUAUGAGACUCCUACAGGCUGGAGGUUCUUUGGGAACCUGAUGGACUCUGGGAGGUGCUCGCUCUGCGGAGAGGAGAGCUUCGGGACAAGUUCAGACCACAUCCGUGAGAAGGAUGGUCUGUGGUCGGUGCUGGUGUGGCUGUCCAUCAUGGCUGUCAGGAAACAGGGCGUGGAGGAAAUCGUCAAGGACCACUGGGCCAAGCUCGGACGCAACUACUUCUGCAGGUUUGACUAUGAAGGCGUGGACCCCAGAGCUGCAUUCUACCUGAUGAGAGACUUGGAGGGGGUGAUCACAGACAAGGCCUUUCUUACCCAGAAGUUUGCUGUGGGGACUAACGUCUACAGUGUAGAGCGGGCUGAUAACUUUGAGUACAUCGACCCUGUGGACGGAACCGUGGUCCGCAACCAGGGUCUGCGGAUCGUCUUCACAGAUGCGUCCCGCCUGGUCUUCCGUCUGAGUGGGAGUGGGGGAGGGGCCGGGGCCACAGUCCGGAUCUACGCAGAGAGCUUCGAGAGAGAUCCCGAGAGACAUAACAGAGAAACUCAGGCGGUGCUGGGUCCCCUCAUCGCCAUUGCCCUGAAGAUCUCUGACAUCCACGAGAGAACAGGACACCGCGGCCCCACCGUCAUCACCUGAGCUCUGCUCCACUGCCCACACACACACACGCACACUCACACGCACACACACACACACACACACCACCUGAGUGCUCCCCCCACAAACACACACAAACAUCUAUGGCCAAAUCCCUAAGGCCACACCGUCCUGCUUGUUGCCACACCUGGGGCCAAUAGUAAGCAAGAGCUACAUGUAUUCUUUCUCUCUCUCUCUCUCAAAAUGUAAGAUAUUAUGUAGUCUGCAAAGAAAAGAAGCAAACUGUUUCUUUCAGCGGUUGAUAAACAACAUUUGUUCAUAUAAGGCUUCUGUUAUGAAAGUUGUAUUUUCUGGAUGCAUGAAAUUACCACUGUACAGCUACAAAGCAUGUGCCUUUAUCUGUGUGUGUGUGUGUGUGUGUGUGUGUGUGUGUGUGCGUGCGUGCGUGCGUGCGUGCGUGCGUGCGUGCGUGCGUGCGUGCGUGCGUGCGUGCGUGCGUGCGUGCGUGCGUGCGUGUGUGCCUGAUCAUUAUAAAGUUGACAGACAGAAUUAAAAGGGAGAAGUCAAUUUUUCAUACACCAUACAUGCCCCGAAUACAACGCUUACUUACAAGCCCUUAACCAACAAUGCAGUUCAAGAAAUAUAUAUACAUAUAUAUUUUUUAAGUCACACCUUAAAAUAACAAUAACGAGGCUAUAACCAGGGGUACCGGUACAGAGUUAAUGUGCUGGGCUACAGGUUAGUCGAGGUGGUAUCUGUUAAGAACUUCUUGUUCCAAAGGUGCUACCACCACUUUUUGUUUUUCUGCUCUUCAUUAGACAGCCUGUUUUUGCCCUUUGUGAUCGGAGUAAGCCAUAGAUGUAUUUCAUUUGUUUUUGUUUUUUAUCCAAAUAAAUGUGUAUCUUUUGUG